AUGGCCGACAAGAACGAAAUCCCAGAGAAGGUCGCGACAGAGUCAGAGGCCUCGGAGCCAGGAAACCUCAUCAACGCCUCCGGCCAUGCCCAAGAGUUGUCACGAAACUUCAGUCUCGUGUCUCUUGCUGGUGUCGGGCUCGUUGUUGGCAAUGUCUGGCCAGCUAUCGGAGGAUCGAUUCUGGUGGCCAUCUUCAACGGCGGUCCACCUGGCGUGCUCUACGAAUUCCUCGUCGUUUCCGUCUUCUACUGGAUCGUGGCGGCAUGCAUAGCCGAACUUGCAUCUGCGAUUCCAUCUUCCGCCGGCGUCUAUCACUGGGCUUCGGUCACUCCAGGAAAACGAUGGGGCCGCGUCGUGGGAUUCUUUGCCGGAUGGUGGAAUUGUCUGGCGUGGAUCCUGGGUGCCGCGUCGAUGACAUCUAUCUUUUCUAAUACAGUCGUUCAAAUGUAUGCCCUGAAGCACCCAGACUUCGUGUCUCAGCCGUGGCACGUGUUUGUCACCUAUAUCAUUGUCACCUGGAUCGCCUGCCCCAUCGUGUGCCUCUUCAACUCGGCCAUGCCGCAUCUGAACAAAGCGGGUAUCUUCUUCAUUCUCGCCGGCUUCCUAAUUACCAUUAUCGUGGUGACCGUUAUGCCAGGCCGGGACGGCCGACCGGGCCAUGCGUCUUCGUCGUUUGUUUGGACCGAAUGGACUGCCGACAUCGGGUAUCCCAAUGGGUUCGUCUUCGUGGCAGGCAUGCUCAACGGCGCGUUCAGCGUGGGCACGCCAGACACCACAAGUCAUCUUGCGGAGGAAAUCCCCUACCCUCAGCGGAACGUGCCCAUCGCGAUCGCGUGCCAGAUGAGCAUCGGCUUCAUCACCGGAUUUGCCUACCUGAUUGCGAUCCUGUACGCCAUCAACGACUACGACGCGCUGUUCAGCUCCCCCUAUCCGAUCGCCGAGAUCUACCGUCAAGCCACCGGGUCGGCCAACGGCGCCAUCGGCCUCCUGACGCUCGUCCUCAUCUGCAUCGGUAUCUGCGUGUGCGGCCUCUACAUUACGUGUGGGCGGACACUGUGGGCUCUGUCACGCGACGGGGCCACGCCCUUCCCCAAGGUCUUGGGCAAGGUGUCGCAGAGACUCGGCAUGCCGUUCAACGCGACCAUCGUCUCGGCCAUCUUGGUCACAAUCCUCGGAGCCAUCUACGUGGGCAGCACCACCGCCUUCAAUGCCUUUGUCGGGUCUUUCGUCCUGCUGUCGAGCUCCUCCUACAUCGCCGCGAUCCUGCCCCACCUCCUGACCAAGCGGCGUAACAUCGAAGUCUACGGCCCCUUCCACCUCAAAGGGGCGCUAGGCUUCGUCUUCAACUUCAUCGCGUGCGCGUACAUGAUGGUCUGGUUCGUCAUCUACUGCUUUCCCUACUACCUCCCGACGAGCGCGCAGACCAUGAACUACGCGUGCCUGAUCUGGGGUGGCUUCACCAUCUUCGUCGCCGCCUGGUGGUUCCUGGGCGCGCGCAGAGGAUACCAGGGCCCGCCCAUGAUCACCGACGGCGGGAAGGUCAACUUGGCCGACACACUGAAGAAGGUGGACGUUCAGGCCGUGAGGAAAAACAGCCUCAAGGGUGUCUAG